GCGGAAACGUGCAGGCGCCCGGGAAGCCAGAGGCUGAGGUGGCAUCGGCCCUGAAAACAUGGAGCUGCCGCAGAUGCCGGAGCUGAUGGGGCUGUCGCUGUUACUCGGGCUGCUGGCCCUGAUGGCAACAGCGGCGGUAGCGCGAGGGUGGCUGCGCGCAGAGGAAGAGACCGGCCGGCCCGUCGGCCAGAAAGCAAAUGGAUUGCCACCUGACAAGUCCUUGAAAUCCAAGAAGCAGAAACAGCGGAUUCGCAAGGAGAAGCCUCAGCAACACAACUUCACCCACCGCCUCCUGGCUGCAGCCUUGAAGAGCCACAAUGGGAACAUAUCUUGCAUGGACUUUAGCAGCAAUGGCAAGUACCUGGCCACCUGUGCAGAUGAUCGUACCAUCCGCAUCUGGAGCACCAAGGAUUUCCUGCAGCGGGAGCAUCGCAGCAUGAGAGCAAAUGUGGAGCUGGACCAUGCCAUCCUGGUGCGCUUCAGCCCUGACUGCAGAGCUUUCAUCGUCUGGCUGGCGAAUGGAGACACCCUCCGUGUCUUCAAGAUGACUAAGCGAGAGGACGGAGGUUAUACUUUCACAGCCACCCCAGAGGACUUUCCUAAAAAGCACAAAGCUUCCAUCGUCAACAUUGGCAUUGCUGACACAGGGAAGUUCAUCAUGACUGCUUCCAGUGACACGACCAUCCUCAUCUGGAAUCUGAAAGGUCAGGUGCUGUCCACCAUCAACACCAACCAGAUGAAUAAUACGUAUGCGGCUAUAUCCCCCUGUAGCAGGUUUGUGGCCUCGUGUGGCUUCACCCCAGAUGUAAAAGUUUGGGAAGUCUGCUUUGGGAAAAAAGGGGACUUUCAGGAAGUUGUUCGAGCUUUUGAACUGAAGGGCCACUCUGCAGCUGUCCACUUCUUCGCUUUCUCCAAUGACUCCCGGAGGAUGGCCUCUGUCUCCAAGGACGGUACCUGGAAACUGUGGGACACAGAUGUGGAGUACAAGAAGCAACAGGACCCCUACUUGCUGAGGACAGGCCGCUUUCAAGAAGCGAGCACCAUGCCGUGUCGCCUGGCACUCUCCCCUGACUCCCAAGUCUUGGCCUUGGCCUGUGGCACCAGUAUUCGUCUGUACAGUACCCGGCGGGGUGAGGAGGAGGAGCGCUUUGAGCAGGUCCAUGGAGAGUGUAUCACUGACUUGUCCUUUGACAUCACUGGCCGGUUUCUGGCCUCCUGCGGGGACCGGGCGGUGCGGCUCUUCCACAACGCCCCUGGCCACCGAGCAGUGGUGGAAGAGAUGCAGGGCCUUUUGAAGCGGGCCUCCAAUGAGAGCACCCGCCAGAGGCUACAGCAGCAGCUGACUCAGGCCCAGGAGGCCCUGAAGAGCCUGGGUGCCUUGAAGAAAUGACUCUGGGGGGUACAGCACUGCUGCCGCCACUGCUGCCUCUUCUCCAGGUACACCCUGGCUGGAAACCGUUCAAAAGGAGUGUCCUAAUUUUCUUAAUGGUGGCUCCUCUCUUUUCCCAUUGAAACUAUUCUUGCCUACUUAGAUCUCUCUCUCCCUUCUUGCUGGUUGUGACUCUUGGCCUUACUUGACCUCCCAGGCUAAUGAUCAAGGUGCUUCUCUUUUU